AUGGACAGCAUCGGUAAUACUGUGGAGAAUAUCACCAGCAGCAUGGAUAAGAUCGCUUUGACCAAUACCACAUACACGGUCUACCUCGUCAAAAUACAACCCACUCACCCCGAAGGUGGCUUGGCAAUCUUGGUCAAAGCCAAUAAAGAUGCUGGUGACAUUCACUUUAUUGCGCCUAACAGAGUUGGGGACCAUCUGCACUACCACCGUGUGGCUAUCCAGCCCCAUGAAAUAGGAAGAAUUCCAAUGCCAAUAGGCACUACCAUUGCCCAGAACUAUCCUGGGAGUUGGGAUGAGUCGCUAAAGCAACUGCCUUUGUUAGCUAAGCCCAACCAGCAAGAUAUGCUGACACUCUUGGCUUUGCCACUGAAGGUAUCUCAGUGGACUCAGCUGGCUAGGGCCAUGCUAGAGAAUGCUGGGAUUUUGAAGGAAUUUGAAGCUACUCCAAUCACAUUUCGUGUUGAAAGUUGA